AUGGAGAUAAAUGAGCUGCAAGCGGGAGAUAGCACCCCAGCCCUCCCGCUACACGACGAAACUUCUCCGUUGGAUACUCCAUCUUACACUCCUUUAUCCAUGCCCGAACGUGGAGAGCCUUCUCGGAAGCUAAGACGACGUGGCUCACGUAUCCUGUCUGUACUACGCUCAUUAACAAAUAACAGUGUGUCCGGAAACUCAGUAAGGGAGCCGGCGACAUGGCCGGCCCCUUCGCCGACCGAGAGGUCGCCCGAGCCCCGUCGACGCUUCAGAAAGCUGUCUAUGCCCUUCCUCAGAAGCCCCUUUGGCGCUUCUGUCACUGUCAUCCAUCGAUUUAGAUCCAAGUCUAGACCGUCCCUUGAGUCUUUGGAAAAAGCCGCCAACGAGCCUCUUUCAGCUUGUCCUCCCGAGCAAGUGGUCUCUUCUACCUCUAACGGCAAUUCGUUCAGCAAUAGUAAUACAACUUCCAGUGGAAAGUCAUCAAACCCGACCAAUGGAACUGGAGGGACUGUAAACACCGCCACUACCGGCAAGACAUCCUUUGAAUCUGAGAGAAGGGACAAGACUGCAACUGCCGCCCACGACAAAGAGCCAGAAACCACUCCAGUCCCAGCCCCUGAAUCGAACCUGACCACAAUACAGGAAACAGCUCUUGAUUUAUCAGCGCCGACCAUUCUAACUGUUGAGAGAGCUGCAGCUGCCAAGAUAUUCCUCGAAAAUCAUUUUGAUGAGCAACUCUCGAAACCGAGCCCGCGUUCUCUUCGUCGUCGAUACCUAGAGGCAGAAUUGUAUCACAGUCAUCGACUAACAGAAGCAGAGAAAAUGGCCAUGCGUCGAAAUUUUUACAAGCAAGAAACUAAUCAUCUUCGCGAAACCCGUGCUUUGAAAGCGAAGAGCAUUGGCGCAAUCCAAGGGAGACACAACAAGCUUGCUGGGAGCUACGAAGUUUUGAAGAUUCUCGGAAAGGGAAGUUUCGGUGUUGUUAGGCUUGUACGUGAAAAGACUGGCCCGGGCGAAUUGGAAUACGACGUGCACAGAGAGAGGCCAGUUUAUGCCAUGAAAGUAAUUCGCAAGUCGACAAUGUUGAAAACGAGUCAAGAGGCUCACUUGCGUGCCGAAAGAGAUUUUCUAGUUGCUUCAGAAGGCUCGAGGUGGAUCGUACCUCUAGUCACCAGUUUUCAAGAUGCUGCCAACCUCUAUCUCGUCAUGGAAUAUAUGCCUGGAGGCGACUUUCUCGGUCUUCUGAUCCGCGAAAACGUGCUUAAUGAGCCAGUCGCCAAAUUUUACAUUGCCGAGAUGAUUUUGUGUAUCGAAGAGGCACACUCUUUACGUUGCAUUCACCGAGAUAUCAAACCAGACAACUUUCUCAUCUCUGGGUCUGGACAUUUGAAAAUCUCAGACUUUGGCCUGGCUUUUGACGGCCACUGGUCUCAUGACACCAAUUAUUACCACACCCAGCGAUAUACUCUACUUCAAAGAUUUGGUAUACCAGUAGAAGGAGAUGCAAUCGAUCGUGCCGAAGGCUUACAGGGCUCGGUCAAAUGGGCUCAAGGUGUAGCGCAGGCAAUGCAGAAACAUGAACGUAACGUAACACAAUUGGGCUCAUCAUCGUCAACCUUACUCGAUGAGCCACUCCUGAACUGGCGUAAUCGGUGUGGCAACCGCAGUGCGGCCAGAUCUUGUUGGAGUGUCGGCAUCAUCUUGUAUGAGUGUCUAUACGGACACACUCCAUUCCUAUCAGAAGAGGGUGGUCGCCAACAAACAAAGCGUAACAUCGUUAACCACAAGCAGACUUUCGCUUUCCCACCUCGCCCAGUAGUCUCUAGACGAUGCAUAGAUCUCAUCGUUAAUCUUAUCUGCGAGAAAGAGAAUCGCCUCUCGUCGAGACGAUACCGUUACCGGGACACCAUCCCCGACCCCUCGUGGAGUCGACAUCGCCGUGGAUACCAAGACUGGACGGGACGAUCGGUAUAUCCUUGUGACGGGGAGGAUAUAAAAGCGCACAAAUGGUUCCGUGACAUUCCCUGGGAUCGGUUGCACCAAAUCCCGCCACCGUUCAUUCCGCAGCUCUCAAGUCGGACGGACACGCAUUAUUUCGACGAGGAGGAGCCCAUAUCAGACUGGUCUGAGUCACAGCCCGAGUCAAGCUCGGAAAUAGAUGGGCUUGCCCCGAAUCCUCUCAUUAUAGGUACCAACGCCAACGGUAACGCCUUCGCUCCAGCCACAGUAGCAUCACCGAGGAGCCCCGAGAAGAUGGUGGCCAUGCAAGCACAACUAGCCGCAUUCCCGCGGCACUUGCGCCCGACACUUGCACAGUUUGUGACGACGCCAUACGACUCGGCCAAGUUGAAGCGCAUGGACCGCGAAAUAGAGGCUUUAACGGCACCAGACACAAACCUCUGCGAACACUCCAAGGCGUUCCUGCGCGCGUUUAGACGCCGCGAGCGGAAGAGGCCCCGUGAUAGACUACUGCGCGAUAGACACACCAGAGGCCCGGUGCUUGACGUAAGAAAGCAGACGGCGUUCAUGGGGUACACGUACCAGCGCUUGAGGGAGUGCGAGGCUCCUAGGUGGGUUGGUUGGGAUGCUGGUGGGGAUGGGAGUCACGGGAGAGGGUUCGGCGUUGGAAAUGGAACAAGUAGAGCGAAUGAUGCGGCAGAGAUGGCUUCAUAUCGUGCUUUAUGUCAGGCACGGGCAGGCUAGCUACCUUGAGUAGGCAGCUAGGUAGUGGUUGGUGACUGAUGACUAGGAUAUGUCAUGGAAGACGGACGAAUAGAGGAGCAGCAACGGUGGGAUUUGUGAUCGGCAAGAAGAGGAUAGAAUAGACAUGGAUGGACUGAAAAAAGAGGCAAAGGGAAGGAAAGAGAGGGUGAUGGGUGAUCAUCCCAGCUCGGCUCGCCUCAGUAAGCACAGAGGAAGAAAAAGGGGGAUAAAGGAGAUAAGGAGAGAAAACGAAAAGAAGAAGAAAAAAGGGAAAAAAAAAGGGGGAGUAGCACUCAAUUAGAACAGUAUCCUCAUCCUCAGUUUUUAUCCCCAUGUCGAACACCUACCUAACUAGUACUUACCAACAUACCAGCCUACCU